AUGGCAGACCUCCAGUCCAAGAUCCAAGGCACCAUCCUCACCCCCGAGUCCGGCGACGCCUACACGGCCGCACUCCGCCGCAACUCUGACCUCUCGAUCCUCCCCGCGAAGCUCGUCGUCCAGCCCGCCGUGUUUGAGGACAUCCCGUCUAUCAUUGCGUAUGCGACCGGGCAGACGCCCCCGCUGGAGAUCGCUGUCAAGGGUGGCGGCGCACACUCAGCCACCUGGGCGAGCUCCGACGGCGGUGUCGUCAUCGACCUCGGCAAGCUGAACAAGGUCACGCUCGCCGAGGACAAACAGUCCGUCUCCGUCCAGGGCGGUGCGCUCUGGGGCGACGUUUACGAAGUCACCUCGAAGGCGCAGGUCGACGUCGUCGGCUCGCCCCUGUGGUUUGUCGGUGUGGGCGGCUACACCCUUGGCGGUGGCUACGGUCCACUGAGUGGAGAAUACGGUCUUGCGAUCGACAACAUACUAAGCGCCACCGUCGUCCUCGCCGAUGGCAGGAUCGUGAAGACGAGCAAGGACGAAGAGCCAGACCUGUUUUGGGCUAUCCGCGGCGGUGGAGGGCAAUUUGGAAUCGUCGUCGAGUUUGUCUUCAAGACUCACCCUUACGCAGGCCCCUUCGGGUCUGGCGUGAUCGCCUUUCCCGGGACUGAGCUCGCCAGCAUCCUCCAGAUCAUCAAGGUGGAGUGGAAAGCCACGCACACGCCGGCUGAACGUUUCACGCUCAACUUUUCGCGCCCGGCGCCGCACUUCAAGCCCUCGAUUGUCUUCCUACCCAGCGUCCUCCAUGACACAGAUGGCGCACGCUCCAAGACGGUGCUUGCGCCCUUCCGCGAGGGCGCGGUCAAGCCCGCGUUUGAGAAGAUUGCGACGGUGCCCGACUUCCUGACCGUCUCGCACGCCGCUGACGCAUCGCUCGCGUCGGCCCCGAAGCGGCUUGCCAUCCGCGGCACCUUCUUCUCCGAUUUCUACCCCGAGCUCCUGCAGGCCGUAUGGGAUAAGUGGGUCGCGUUCACGGAGACGAGCGAGGAAGUGCGCGGGUCCGCCGUGCUCUGGGACCUCACGAGCCCCGCCAAGCUGACGGAGGUCGGCGCGGACGAGACGGCGCUGAAAGUGCGGGAGCCGCACUACUGGAUGGCGGUGCAGGGCAGAUCGACGACGGACGCGUCCGUCGACGCCGCGCGCGCGUUCACUGCGGACGUCGUGCAGCUCGUGCGUGAGAAGAACACGGAGUUGUCGGGGCGCGACCUUGGCUGGUUCGUGAACCUGAGCAACGGCACGGAGAAGGCGGAAGACGUCUUUGGGGCUAAUCUCCCCCGCCUGCGCAAGAUCAAGGCCAAGUAUGACCCGAAGAAGGUCUGGAGCAAGGGGUUCGUGAUUGAGCCGCUCCUGGAGUAG